AUGGCCACCAUGCUGAACGGAGCCGCCGUGAUGGACGCCGCGCUGCUGCUCAUCGCGGGUAACGAGUCGUGCCCCCAGCCGCAGACGUCGGAGCACCUGGCGGCCAUCGAGAUCAUGAAGCUGAAGCACAUCCUGAUCCUGCAGAACAAGAUCGACCUGGUGCUGGGCGCGGUCGGGGCGCUGCCCGACAUCUUCACCGAGCUGGAGAUCUCCUACUUCCUGCUGCGCCGGCUGCUGGGGGUCCGCACGGAGGGGGACAAGAAGGCCGCCAAG